UCGGGGCAGUGGGCUGGCUAUAGGCAAGUCACUUAGCACUGUUGCUGAGGCGAAGGAGGAGGGAGGAGCGGGCGCCUUCGGUGGGAUCAGAGGGAGCUGUGGUUGCCGCCAUUCACCACCACCAUCUUCGUAAUGGCCCACAAGCAGAUCUACUACUCAGACAAAUACUUCGACGAGAACUACGAGUACCGGCAUGUAAUGUUACCAAGAGAGCUCUCAAAGCAAGUACCAAAAACUCAUCUAAUGACUGAAGAAGAAUGGAGAAGACUUGGUGUUCAGCAAAGCCUUGGCUGGGUCCACUAUAUGAUUCAUGAACCAGAACCACACAUCCUCCUUUUCAGAAGACCACUUCCAAAAAGCCAGCAAAAAUGAACAGGCUCUCAGUUUCUGGAACUUUAUGUAUAAAUGUAAAUAUGUUGGUAGUAUUCAGUGAAUACUUGAGAAAACUAUACACACAAGUCAUUACCUGUGCAUGAGCUGUAUUAUACACAGCAACAGAGCUCAGUAAAAUGCAAACAAAGUAGGCUGCUAUGGUCGUGAAUUCUCACUUAACUGUUAACAAGUGCCUAUUUGAUUUUGUCAGUUUUGUUCAAUAAAGUUUACAACGUAUAUGUAAUGUGUUUAUUAUAAAAAUCUUCAAAGAUCUAGGCCUUUUUAUUCUUAGUAAUGAAGCUUCUUACAAUUGUUGGAACAAUUCAACCUGUGGCUUUUCAGCUGCUGAAACAGAUUUGAUGAAAUAAACCUAUUUUUAAUGUUA